CGAUUGCGCCGCCCUGCCGCUACGCUGUCGUCGUUGGCCGUGUCGCAGAGCCUCGACACUCCACCCCCACAGCGCUGGCACGGCUGCUGGCCAUGGCCAAACACGCUCUCCCAUUCCGCAAAGGAGAGAAUUGUACCUACACCGAAGCGUGGGCGAGCACAAUGCCCCCCGCACCUGUCUCUCCCCGUCUCACUGCCAGACGCGCAUCCACUUGUUUGAACAAGCACUCGCUAACCCCAUGUCGUAGAAUCGUCGAAAGAGAGUCUGAGAUAUCGCCCGGCACCAUGCCUCCAGCUCCUCCCCCAAAAGACGCCUCGCAUCGACUGCGCAAGCAAUCCACCUGGGACGCACCCCCGCCGCCAAACACCCUCGGGGACCAUCGCAAACAGCUGGCUGUGCUGGAGACGUCUGGGGGAAGAGUACCGUCCAUAUCGCGAAACCCGCCCACGGCGACGACGGCCAACUCACAAAGUGCUCCCUGGUCCUCCCCAUCGAAUGGUACAAACAUGGCCAACAGCGUCUGGAGCAGCUUCUUCAACGACUCCAACGAAGACGUCUCGCAGCCCUCGCCUGGAUUUGCGCGACCAGGAACGGGAAGCAGAGAGGACAGCAUGGGCUUUCCACUGAAAGACGACAGACGCCCGUCGGUAGCAAGCGCCAAUACUGUCAGCAGCACGGGUUCCAAGUCGAGCAUCAGCCGAGGAGGCUUUCACAAGCGACUGCAGAAUGUGUUUGGAGAGGACUUCCCUGCUGAUGGCCGUCAAAACUCCGAGACCAGCCUGAUCACGCCCUAUGCGACCGACACGCAAUCUAUCCGUGGGCAGCGGGAUCGCGGCAAUUCUCUCAACAACACCAUUGGAAGUAACCACCAUUCUACGCCCGCUUCGCCUACGAGUUCCCGUCCGCGGACACCACAGCCCUCGUCCGAAGUCACGCCUUGGGACUUUCAGGAACCUAAGGACACUGCCCCUCCAGCGGCUGAAAGUGGAAGGCGAUCUUCCGAGCACCAUUCCGCCAAGUCGGCUACUCGAUCGCACAAGCUGCAUGUGAGGCUACCUGGCCACGGCCAUCGACAUCGAAGCAGCAAGGAGGAAAACAAGGCCCCCGAGAGCCGGGCAGACAUCAGUCAGCCGUAUCCACUGCGUCCAGCCACCAAUCGCGAGGAUUCGGCGUAUAGCGUUCGCCCAAACCCACAGUAUCCGUCUGCCCUCAGCGCCGCUUUCGCUACCGCUUCCAAGACCAGCCUUCUGGGGCGUCCCUCAAGUCCCACGCCUAGUGCACAUUCUGACACGGCACGCGACUCCUCGCUGGCCCAGCGGUCACCCAGCACCCAUAGGCCACACGGUUUCUUCGCACGUCUGCGAGGCAAGGAUAAGGAUAAGCCAGACCGUUCCACUGCGCCAGAAACCCUCAAAAACCUCCCUCUUUCUGGUACUGCCUCCGCCACAUCCCUGAGCCCUUCCGUUGUCACCGCGAAACAAAUACGGGCAGAGCCUUCACCCCAAGCAACCAUGGCGAAGAGACAAGCCACCGCGCCAGCUAUGGAGGAGCGAGGCCAAGCCAAGGACAACAAGAGGGCGCCUCACCACCGCCUUCCGACAUUCAGAAAGGACAAGCGUGCACCAACAAACGACGCGACUGGCAGAGACCCGAAUGAAGCAACUCCCAAGACCAUAGGCAACGAUGCAGUCUUCUUUCUGGACAGCAACCUGGACGACAUGGAAGGUAUCGUUAACCCACAACAACCGCCGAUGACGCCCCCCGUUGGUGAGCUGCAGAAAGCGCCAGUCUUUGGCGAGGAGCAGCCAGCUCCUGCAACCGACGAGGAUGGCAAUGCGGCUUGGGACGCACCUGAUUCCUGGGCUGUCAAACGGCUCAAGGACGAAAUGGACAGGCUCCGAGACCUUGAGGAAUCUGGCGGGUCUCUAAAGGGAGAGGGCGAUACCAAAACAUAUUGUUUGCGCAUCUUCCGGGUUGACUCUACCUUUGCGACUUUGUCUGCUACCUUGGAUACCACGGUUCAGGAGAUUAUUCAGAUCUUGGGGAAGAAGACUGUUCUCCAGGACGAAUUAGAUAAUUACCAUAUCGUGAUGCGAAAGCAUGAUACCGCACGACAGCUGGAAAGCAACGAGCGUCCCUUGCUAAUCCAGAAACAACUCCUCGAGCAAGCUGGCUACACAGAUCUUGAUCGUCUAGAGGAUGUUGGGCGGGAGGACAACAGCUACUUAUGCAGGUUCACGUUCCUGCCUGCUAAAAUGAGCGGAUACUCCAGUCUCGAAAGAGAUCCUGGAUUCAGCAAGAUGCAGAAGUUCAGUCAUAUCGAUCUUCAGGGCCGGAACUUGAUCACAAUUCCCAUCACACUCUACCAAAAGGCGACUGAGAUAAUAUCUCUCAACCUCUCCCGUAACUUAUCUCUGGAUGUACCCAAGGACUUUAUCCAAGCUUGCACCAACCUCCGAGAGAUCAAAUACACGAGCAACGACGCCAGACGAUUACCACCCAGCCUCAGCUUAGCUAGCCGCCUAACCAUGUUGGACAUCUCGAACAACCGUCUUGAGUCUCUCGAUCGGGCUGACUUGGACAAGCUACAAAGUCUGCAGGGUCUUCGACUAUCCAACAACGGCCUGACGCGGCUACCGUCUUACUUUGGACAAUAUCGGGCUCUUCGUAGUCUGAACCUCAGUUCAAACUCGUUGAACGAGUUUCCUGACUUCUUAUGCGAGGUUCGAACGUUGGUUGAUCUCGAUAUCAGCUUCAAUUCGAUAUCCAGUCUGCCCAAGAUUGGUCAGCUUACCUGUCUAGAGAGACUUUGGGCGACAAACAACAAAUUGACCGGCAGCUUCCCUCCCGGGUUGGGUAACCUAGUCAAUCUCCGAGAAAUCGAUGUGCGGUUCAAUGCACUAGACAGCAUGGACGUGAUAUCUCAUUUACCACGCCUGGAGUACCUGAUGAUUGGACAUAACUCUAUAUCUGUGUUUGAGGGUUACUUUCCCAAGAUUCGUGUCCUACACAUGAACCACAAUCCCGUCACACGCUUCGGACUCAGUCAGGCUGUACCGUCACUGUCCGUUCUCAAUCUUGCAUCCGCCAAACUGGCUCAGCUACCAGAAGACCUAUUUUCAAAGCUUACUGGUCUCACUAAGCUGAUCCUCGAUAAGAAUCACUUUACCUCCCUCUCAAAUAACAUAGGGCGGCUAUUCAGAUUGGAACACUUGAGCGUGGCUCGAAACUCCCUGGACGUAUUACCAGCUGAGAUUGGACGGCUCGUCGAACUACGUUAUUUGGACGUGCGAGAAAAUAAUCUCAGUAUACUUCCUCCAGAACUCUGGUUUGCCCGACGGUUGGAGACGCUCAAUGUGUCCUCAAAUGUGCUCGAUGCAUUCCCCAAGCCGAGUGCGGCACCACCACAGGUGUCGAAUGGCGAGGUAAUGAACCUUGAUGGAGCGACGCCAGCGACUACACCAGGCCUCGGAUCGAGCCCCAGCUUUGAAGAACUCGGAAAGUUGGAAGACUUCCAAAAUCGACGCCCUAGCCAGGCAUCUGGCGGCCAAUUCAGUACCGGGACUUCACCCGGUAAUUCACAAAGGAAAGGAUCUCUAGCCUCUUAUAGUACUGCAAGCACAGCGCGAAAAACAUCAGUCGCCUCUCGUGCGCCUACAGAAGGAACACUGACUCCAAUGUCCCGAAAGGACUCCAGCCUGUCUGGCAGGCUAGUCACGACUUUCGCAGGUUCUUUGCGACACGUAUUCUUGGCUGACAACAGACUUACCGACGACGUCUUCGACGAAUUAUGUCUCCUUCCGGAGCUGCGAAUUGUCAACCUCGCGUAUAACCUUAUCUAUGACGUACCACCCCGCACAAUAAGGAGAUGGCAACAUCUUGCCGAAUUGUAUCUGUCUGGCAAUGAUUUGACAUCUCUCCCGUCGGAAGAUCUGGAAGAGGUCGGCUCUCUAAAGGUGCUCCAUAUCAACAACAACAAGUUCCAAGUGCUCCCUGCCGAACUAGGCAAAGUCGCACAACUUGCCGUUCUGGACGUCGCAAGCAAUUCACUCAAGUACAAUGUAUCCAAUUGGCCGUACGAUUGGAACUGGAACUGGAAUCACAAACUACGGUACUUGAACUUGUCCGGCAACAAACGACUGGAGAUCAAGCCAAGCGGUUCCUAUAGUGGAAGUGGCAUGAGCAUGCGAGAAGGUCGCGACCUGACAGACUUCAGCUCCUUGAUCAACCUAAGAGUCCUCGGCCUAAUGGAUGUUACCAUGAUGGUGCCUUCCGUACCGGAACAGUCGGAGGACCGAAGAAUACGUACAGCAGGUUCCGCAGUAGGCACGAUGGCAUAUGGUAUGGCGGACUCUCUGGGCCGCAACGAGCACAUCUCGACCAUGGACCUGGUCGUUCCUCGCUUCCGUAGUCACGAUGACGAGCAACUGCUGGGUCUAUUUGAUGCCCAACCCCUCGCUGGCGGAGGAUCAAAGAUCUCCAAGUAUCUCUAUGAUCAUUUCAAGAACCGCUUUACCGACGAGCUGGAGCGUUUGCGACCACAAGAAACUCCGUCGGAUGCUCUGCGACGAACUUAUCUAAGCCUCAACAAGGAAUUGGCCACGCUUACCACGCAGACUCUAGAUAAGAACGCUUUCGGCCCGCCGGCACAGCCGCGGAACGGGGUUCCCGAACUUGGCGAUGAUGAUUUGACUUCUGGAAGCGUGGCUACUGUGCUAUUUCUCAAGGAGAUGGAGUUGUAUGUUUCCAACGUUGGUGAUGCACAAGCGCUGCUCAUCCGGUCAGAAGGAGGUCACAAACUUCUUACGCGGAAACAUGACCCAGCUGAACCUAGCGAAAGAGCUAGGAUACGGGAAGCUGGAGGCUUCGUCUCACGACAAGGCAAACUAAACGAUGUUCUCGAGGUAUCAAGAGCGUUUGGCUACGUACAGAUGUCGCCAUCCGUUAUUGCUUCCCCGCACCUUCUCAACAUAACCCUUGGCGAUACUGACGAGAUGGUGCUCGUGGCCUCUCGAGAACUGUGGGAGUAUCUCACUCCAGAUUUUGCUGUCGAUGUCGCGCGAUCCGAGCGCAGCGAUUUGAUGCGCGCCGCUCAGAAACUUCGAGAUCUGGCUAUCGCAUUUGGCGCGACUAACAAGAUCAUGGUCAUGUUACUCGGAGUCAGCGAUCUCAAGAGCAAACAACGCGCCCGAUAUCGCACGCAGAGCAUGUCAUUGAUCCCUGCACCCGGGGGAGACAUCGACUGGGGCUCCCAACGUAGGCCUGGGAAGAAGAGGAACUUGGUUGGUGACUCCAAGCUUGCUCGUCUUGACAAUGAAGUGGAUGCGCCAGUGGGAGAAGUUAGCUUGGUGUUCACGGAUAUCAAAAACUCGACUUUGCUCUGGGAAACGUACCCGAUUGCGAUGCGAUCCGCCAUCAAGAUGCACAACGAGCUCAUGCGCCGGCAGUUGCGCAUCAUCGGUGGUUAUGAAGUCAAGACGGAAGGUGAUGCUUUCAUGGUCGCAUUUCGAACGGUGACGUCGGCAUUACUGUGGUGUUUCACCAUCCAGAGCCAGCUUCUUGAGGUACAAUGGCCCCAAGAGAUUCUCAGCAGCGUGAACGGGCAGGAGGUCGUCGAUCCUGAUGGCAAUGUCAUAUUCCGAGGUCUUUCGGUCCGCAUGGGUGUUCACUGGGGUACCCCGGUGUGCGAAGUCGAUCCGGUCACUAAGCGCAUGGAUUACUUCGGUCCCAUGGUCAACCGUGCCUCGCGUAUCUCCUCUGUCGCCGAUGGAGGGCAGAUCACCGUGUCAUCCGACUUCAUCGCUGAGAUCCAACGCCUUCUAGAGACGCACAUUGAAGGAGACCGCAGCAACUCGAUAGGCUCCGAAGAGGCAUAUGGCGACGAUGUAAAUAAUCAACUGAUCCGUCAAGAGCUGCGAUCACUCAGUAGCCAAGGUUUCGAAGUCAAAGAUCUAGGCGAGCGACGUCUCAAAGGUCUAGAGAACCCUGAGUACAUUUACCUCAUGUACCCACAUUCCCUGGCGAGUCGUCUCGCCGUUCAACGACAGACGGAGCAGAAGCCAGGGCCACAAACAUCGGAGGCGACCGCGGGUCAGAAGAUGGCAGGCAGCCAGCUUACAAUUGAUACUGAAGAUGUAUGGGAACUCUGGAAUAUUAGUCUACGUCUAGAGAUGCUCUGUAGUUCCCUCGAGAGCCCUGGGUGCGUGGAGCUGAAACCUCCUGAGACGGCGCUGUUGGAGAGAAUGAAGAGUCGAGGUGGGGAGAUUACAGAUAGAUUCCUGAUCAAUUUUGUCGAACAUCAGAUCUCGAGAAUUGAGUCUUGUGCCAACACGCUCGCCCUUCGUCACCGAAUCCGACCUUUCGGAUCUGCGCCUCUACUUGAGCAAGCAUGUCACAUGGGUGACAUCUUUGCAGAGCUCGACGAGAAGCUCAAGAGACUAGAACAAUAUGAGGCGGAAGCCAUGGAGGGUAUGGCACCCUCAUGAACAACGACGACGCAUUAUACAUAUCACGACUGCUACCACACUGCUACAUAAAUCCCCUU